AAUACCUUUCAUUUUCUUAGGCACUGUGCCUCGGACUUCCCCAGCUACCUCGCAUAUGCCAUUGGCUACCUUUAAGGGUAUUCUUAUUCAUUCCUUGUACCUCAUUUUAUUUCAUCAUGUAUACAUACUCAAGGAACUCUUUUCUUUUUAGAUCAUGCCACAUUGCAAAAUCCGUGGUCCACCUGUGGGAAUCACAACUUGUCUCCUCCCACACCUAAGUCUCUUCAAGCCGUACACCAAGAAAUUACUUCUGACACAUUGGAAGAGACAGACGAAAUUAUUUCUGAUACCUCGGUAACGGCCCAAAUUCUUGCAGACUUACUUGAAGCAAAUGGGGUUAACAAAUUAUUUAACCAACUUGAAGCACCCCUUGCUCCAUCUAGCCUUCUUUUGGGAACUUCCUCUAACGAAGCAGCCACCCAUGUUCAGAAAGGUCUUAUUAUUUCUCUCCAAUCAAUGACAGAUGUUAAUGGCAUAAUUGCUAUAGCAAACAACGUUUUCAUGAUUUUGAAGAGUUUGGGUGUAGACUUCAUCUCCUUUUACGAGAAGGUGAAGAUAUUCCUUGGGUGCUUUGCUUUGAAAACCCAACUUGCAGAUUCUUCAAACUUGUCUAUUGCAGAAUUUGAGGCCCAAUACUAUGAGAAGAAGCUUCAUUUCGACAAAGUUUCUAGCGAACAUGAACAGUUGUCUGCUUCAAUUAUCAAGUCAGAUGAGCACAUUGCGGGUCUUAAUCAAAGGAUUAUUCAAACCAAAGAGUUACUCAAACAACUUGAAGAGGAAUUGUCAUCCACCCAAGCAGAACAUGCAUCCUUUAUGUGUGAUUUUGCACAAGCUUCCGAGAGUGUUUCCAAAUCAGAAGAAGACGUGCAAACUGCUCUAAACGUUUUGAGCCAGCACAAGAAGAAGAAUGGACAACACGGUGUUGUGGAACAUGCUUUUGAAAGGGCUAAGGCUUCUCUUAAUGAAUGAAUGCACUUUUAUUUUGUUAUUCAUCCGAACAUAAUGUAUUUAUGAAAUUUCGCUCAGUGAUAGAUUUAUUUGUUAUAUGAAAUUUCUCAAUACAAUACAUUGAUUUGUCUUAUU